AUGUUAGCAAAUAGGGUGACCCAGUUGGAAAGGACUAUUGGAAAAGAACAGCAGAAUUCAGUGCAAAGAGAAUUUCAAUCAAUGAAUUUGGAGGUAAAAACAGAUAUUCCACAUCCAGACUUCAGCAAAACAGACAAUAAACCACGUAUUCAGGAAUCUGAACUACACGCACCAGACAAAGACACGAACGGUUCAAAACUUAAAACUUGUGAUGAUCGAAUUCUGACUUUAGAGAGAACUGUUGGCAUGGAAAUUGAGGAAGCUGAUGCAUCUCUACCCAAUGAAUCUGAAAUAUCCAAAAUCCGAAGGACUAAGGAGAAAAACAGUCCUUCCAAAGUAAAUAUAAACAAAAAGCGAUUGCUUUCACCUGUGACAACACCAUAUCCUUCUAACACGAUUCAAACCAUUGCAUUUUACGCUUAUAUGUCGAAACACACACCAACAAUAACUAUACAGUAUCCACUGACGUUUGAUGUCGUGAAAACCAACUUCGGAAAUGGGUAUCAUUCCACCACGGGGGUAUUCAUGGUGCCGGAAAGCGGAGUUUAUGUGUUUACUUGGACGAUCAGAAUUGGCAGUAAUAAUUAUCACGCAACACAGUUGAUGGUGAAUACGGAUGAACUGGGUAUAAUUUACUCAUAUGUUGGCUCUGGUCCAGACCUUGGAGGAACAGGUAUUGUUGUGGCACACGUCGACAAAGGAGACGACGUGUACGUGAGGACACAUGCUUUGUGGAAUAGUGGAGUUAUUUACAGUGACGCUUCGGGAAGAUCGUCAUUUGCAGGGUGGAGACUAUUCUAA